ACUGCCCGCCGGCACCCGGAGCCGCCGCUGCGUGUAGUGAGGCGGUGCCUCCCGGAGGGCGGCUGUUUGGUGCUGGGGGGACUAUUGCCUAAGGAGGAAUUAAUGCGGCUAAAUUCGAAGUCACAGCUGAGGCUUAUAGAUAUGUAAACAUAUAUAUGUGAUUACACGUCUGUUUAUAAAGGCGCUUUUGAGGCCGUCAUAAUGAGAAACCAAGAAAUUUCAGCUUGCCUAGGGAAUGUUUCUUACGCAGAUGUACGGCACUGUGCAGGCUGUGAUGCUGCAGCCGGAUCCCAGUGCUUUGGGAAGAUUAAACGUGGUCUCCCCCAAGGCAGAGACCCCCAGGCUGUGCCCCCAGCUGCAGGCCUGCAGGCACAGACGAUGCACAACACUGCAGAGGAGCGCUGCACAGAGAGAUCAGUGCUUGCCCAGCCAACAUUUGUGUUUGGAAAGAAGGACCAUCCUUUGAAGCGACCUGCUGAAGAUCCAGUUUGCAAAGCUGAAAAUGAUUUCAUCUGUUCUUCCAAAAAACGUGCAAGAUCAUCAUCUUGUAUUUUCCAGAAUUCCGGCUCAAAGUCUAACAUAGAUACAACGCUUGCUGAGAAAAGAGGGAGAUCAUCUUCCUUUACCAUUCUUCCUAGAUUCCCUCCCUCCCAGCCAGCAAGGAAGAGCAACAUAUUCAUGACCUCAGCUCUUCUUCAACGAAACAUUGACGUGGAAAGUACAAAAGAAGGUUCGUUGUCAGAAAGUCAGCUGCGGAAUGUUAUUAGACCUGCCAUUUUACAACCCCCACAAGCCCUGACCUGUCCUGAAAAUCCUGCAGUGUCUCUAGUGACUAAGAAAGAAGCACAUACUCAGUUAUCUGAAGACAACUCUUAUUCCUCAUCUGAGAAUUCAGCAGGUUCCAGAGCAGCAGCAAAGUCAUCUAGUGCUGUGAAUAUUUCUAGCUCUAAAACAGCACGAAUUCAAUUAUUAGAAGACGGAAGUGUUCUAAGCAGCAACAAUUCUGGUUUUGUGUUUGGAGAAAACAUGGUUGAGAGAGUUGUGAGCCCUGAAAAGCAUUCCUUGUCAUGCAAUGAAGUUGAUUCAUACAAAAGAGAAAUAACAUCACUUUAUGUAGAAUCUUUUCAUGUAACAAAAACAGCUUUGUUGAGGAAUGCAACACAGACUGAGCCAGCAGCUGCUCAUAUUUCCAAGCCAGGGGAGAAAAUUCUGUUAGAUAAAGUUGAAGUUAUAACUGGAGAAGAAGAAGAACACAAUGUACUACAGUGGAAUGGGAUUUUAUGUCUUGUUCCUCCUCCUGCAUAUGAGAAAAUGAGGAUUGAGUUGAAAGAUGCUACCUUGCCACCAGAAGAACAAAACUCCUUAUAG